AUGAAAGCUGAUGAUGACACUAAAGAAUUUGUUGAUGAAAAAAGCAGUUAUGAACCUUUGGAGACCAAGGAAUUGGAUACAGGUUUUCUCCCUAUUACUGGUAUUAAGGAAGAUAGUAAAGCGUGGUUACCAAGUCCCUCAUCUUUAAAAACAGUGCCCCCUUUUACCGUCCAUUUCCAGUCUAGAUCUGAGAAUGACAUCAACAGCACUACUGUUCACAUUCUGGAGAAAAAUAAUGAAGAGGAGGCUCAUCCCGUGACAAUAAUAGAACCGGAAGUCAGCAUAAAAACAUCAGAGGCUCCUCUUGACACUUCUCAACUUCGGAGUCUGGUUUCUGCCACACUGAGCAUUGAGACAGAUAACCCUAUCACUAUUGUCAGCAGUGAUGGUGCAGCUUUGUGUGGUGUUUUCUGUGCCAUCCAUAACGUGAUACAACAAAUUAACAUCGAUGACAGUGCGGACGUCUUCACAGCUGUCAGACAGCUACAAGUUCGAAGACCUGAAUUUUGUUCCAACCUUAAUGAAUAUUGCCUGGUGAUCAAGGCCGUUUAUGAUCACAUUCAAAGCACUGCGACUAGUAUUUACUACAACCAAUGAGAAGAC